UUUACAGGGAGUGACAUCAUCUGAUCAUGGUGAAGGUGUCAUUGAUCAAGGGCAAAGGACAGAGGGGCGAAAACGUUCAAAGAAAGAAAGGAAGAAGCUUUGGGCCAGAAUAAAAGCACUAGAGGAUGCCUUAGGAGCUGAGAAAAGAGAAAAAGGGAAAUAUAAAAAGAGAUUCGACCGGUUGCUAUCAAGGUCAGGGUCCCCAAGAACAAAAAUUCGAUAUGCAAACCUAAAAGACAAAACACCAACAGCAAAGAGAACCCUAUUCCAUGAUGCCUUGAUUGCAGACCUAAGAGGAAACCUUCAAAAUGCAAGUAAUAGUCGGGAAAGACAACUUGCCUCUAACUUGGUGGCAGGGCAGAUUAUAAAGAAAUGUUGGCUCCAGAAAUAUGCUCAAAGUGUCUUAGGCUUCACCCAAAGACGAUGGAAAUCCAUAGGGGGAAAUCCAUACUCCUUCACCCAAAAAAAAUGUGUUCGCUUGGGAGAGGAAUUCAAAAAUUGUGUGAAAUAUUUUUACAACAGAGACGACGUGAGCCGUGUCACCACAGGGAAAAGGCAGACUGUAACACGGAACAAGGUCAAGAUGCAAAAGAGAUUCCUGAUGGACACCCUGAGGAACCUGCACAGGAAAUUCUUGCCAGAUAAUCCGAGGAAAUCUAUUUCCUAUUCUCUGUUUUGCAGACUGAGACCGUACUGGGUAGUGCACCCAACACUCUCUGAUAGGGACACAUGCUUGUGUAAAUUACAUGAGAACCUCGGCUUUGUAGUUCAAAAGCUUUUCAGCAUGAAGUUGUGUAAGACCCCUGAGCUGGAGACGUUGAUGGCGGAGAUCUGUUGUGACCCACUCAACAAAGAAUGCAUGUACAAUAACUGUGACAACUGUAAAGACAAGGACUUCCCAAUAGUCGGAGAGUUUGAAGCCAGCAUGCAAGUGGAAUACAUGCAAUGGGUCAUGGAGGACACGAAGGGACAAACAAAGGACAACACUGAGACAACCUACAAGAAGACAGUCAAAAAGAAGAUUGACAUCAGGCUAGAUGACCUGAUCUAUCUCUUUAAAGACAUGCUUGUUAAGUUCAAACGCCAUACAUUCAACAUUAGACAACAAUUUAGAUAUUGCCGGCAACUAAAGAAGAACCUGAGCGAAAAUGAGAGCAUUGUGCAUGUGGAUUUUUCUGAGAAUUACACCUGUAAGUAUUCUUCUAACAUCCAAUCAGCAUAUUAUGGUGCAUCGAAUGAACAAGCCAUAUUACACACAGGAAUCUUGUAUGCUGGCCCAGAUGCUCACCCAUUGGGCUUCAGCACCAUCACCUCAUCCCGAAUGAAGGGGCCUCCAGCUAUUUGGGAACAUCUUAAGCCAGUGUUAACCUUCAUGAAGAACCUCUUUCCUGCCAUCAAAGUGGUUCAUUUUCUUAGCGAUGGACCCUGUUCGCAGUAUCGCCAGAAAGGUAACUUCUACCUCCUAACCACUCUCCUUCACAAGAUGGGGUUCCAUGCAGGGUCAUGGAACUUUUUUGAGGCAAGUCAUGGCAAGGGAGCGCCAGAUGGAGUUGGUGGUGCUUUAAAGAGAACAGCUGAUCGUCUGGUUAGCCUUGGUCGCGAUAUAUGCUCCGCAACUGAUCUGUUUGAGGCCUUGGUGGAGAGAGUGUAA